AUGUCAGGCGAGAGCGACGAUUGGAAAAAACACUUGAAUGUCCCACAAAGGGACACAAGGCCACAAACUGAGGAUGUUUUAAAUACAAAAGGGAAGUCAUUUGAGGAUUUCAACUUGAAGAGAGAAUUACUAAUGGGUAUAUUCGAAGCUGGAUUUGAGAAACCUUCUCCUAUACAAGAAGAAUCGAUACCUAUGGCUUUAGCUGGUAGAGACAUACUUGCAAGAGCCAAGAAUGGUACAGGAAAAACCGCAUCAUUUAUUAUUCCAUGUUUACAAAUAGUCAAACCGAAAUUAAACAGGAUCCAGGCUUUGAUACUAGUGCCUACCAGAGAGUUGGCUUUGCAAACAUCACAAGUUGUUAGGACAUUGGGCAAGCACUUGGGUAUCCAAUGUAUGGUUACCACAGGUGGUACAUCAUUAAGAGAUGAUAUUGUUAGACUAAAUGACCCUGUUCAUAUUUUGGUAGGAACUCCAGGUAGAGUAUUAGAUUUGGCAUCCAGAAAAAUCGCCGAUUUAUCAGAUUGUCCUCUUUUUGUCAUGGAUGAAGCCGAUAAGAUGUUAUCAAGAGAGUUCAAAAAUGUAAUAGAGCAAAUUUUAGAGUUUUUUCCCCGGGAUAAACAAUCUUUAUUAUUUAGUGCAACUUUCCCAAUAACAGUCAAGUAUUUCAUGGAUAAACAUUUAAAUAAACCUUAUGAAAUUAAUCUCAUGGAUGAGUUAACAUUGAAAGGUAUAUCGCAGUUUUAUGCCUUUGUUGAAGAGAAACAAAAAUUACAUUGUUUAAAUACAUUAUUUUCCAAAUUGCAAAUCAAUCAAUCGAUUAUAUUUUGUAAUUCUACAAAUAGGGUCGAACUAUUGGCGAAAAAGAUUACUGAAUUGGGGUAUUCGUGUUACUAUUCACACGCCAAAAUGCCACAACAAGCAAGAAAUAAGGUGUUUCACGAGUUCAGACAGGGCAAAGUUCGUAACUUGGUUUGUUCGGAUCUAUUAACCAGAGGUAUUGAUAUUCAAGCAGUUAAUGUUGUUAUUAAUUUUGAUUUUCCAAAGAGUGCAGAAACUUAUUUACAUAGAAUUGGUCGUUCAGGAAGAUUUGGUCAUUUGGGUUUGGCUAUUAAUUUGAUGAGUUGGAAUGAUAGAUACUCGUUGUACAAGAUUGAGCAGGAAUUGGGAACUGAAAUUAAACCUAUCCCUGCAGUUAUUGAUAAAUCAUUAUAUGUUGCCGAAAAUGCUGAAGCUGUACCCAGACCAUUUAAAGCGGAAGAUUUGGCAAAGAAUGGUAAUAACGAACAGCAUUUGUAUGUGAAGCAAUAG